AUCGUAGGGGGAAAAUAAUGUCCCUCAAACCAGCAGCAACAAUAUCCAUGUGGACUGUGCGACAGGUUUAGUAUCCUUUCCUAUCGGUCCAACUUUGGACAAGUCAGAGGGAACCUGGUGACCAAGUGAAUGCAACAAGGCUGCGCGACAAGUUGAGAGAGGCGAAAAAGGACUCGUAUCACUAUUUUUAAAUGUGAGAUUUGGGGGGGCGUGGACGGUGGAGGAGCAGCAGAGAGCAUGUUGGCUACCGUUGCAGUGUGGUGAUGUGCCGGCUGGAGGAACCGGACUGCGCAUAGACGAAGCAGUUGGUCGCGGAUCCCUGCGGUUGCAGUCAAUCGUCUGUUGCCGACUUUCUGUCAUCCAGAAGCCCGUUCGACAUUUUGGGGAUUGUUCUUUUUUUCUCCCUCUCUAUCGUUGACAUUUGUCGACACAGAGGACCCCAGGGCAGAGCAGGGACUGUUAAAACCUGCUGUGCGUAACGGGUUAAAUGAGAUUAAGCAGCUAUUGGAAUGACAGUAGUUUUGGGCUUUUUAUCAUUUGAGGAAGCGUAAUUGCGCACAGUAAGCCAACGUGGGCUGCUGAGAUCGAGCCUUAAAGAAACGUGUUGGAUUUGAAAGCUGUUUUAAAUUAAACUCAGGGGGUCUUCAUGUCUAAAUAUGGACACGUAUUUGCUAUUGGGACUGUGUCAGGCAAGGUCUUCACAGUUUUUGUGAUUUAUUUGGGUUGCGCAUGGCAACAAAGUCUUUGCUAUGAUUAUUAUUACAUUGUUUAAUCCAGCUUUUUUACGGCCCUUAACACUCAGAGAAACAACAGUCACUCACAACCCGGUAAUGUGUUUGAAACGCCAAAUGGAAAAGUAACAAUCACUUCGGUGUCUUCUUUCUCCAAAGUUGUAGCCGAUUUGGCAGCAACCAAAAUGACAAGCAACGGACCUGUCAUCGUCUACGAGUGGCUGAAAACUCUUCAGCUCUCCCAUUAUGUCGAGUCUUUCGUGGAUAAUGGAUAUGACGAUCUGGAGGUUUGCAAACAAAUAGGAGACCCCGACCUUGAUGCCAUCGGUGUCUACAUCCCCCACCAUAGGCAGAGAAUUCACGACGCGGUGAGAAGACUAAAGGAGGAAGCCAAAGAGGCGGCGAGUGGACUGUACUUCACCCUUGAGCCGAUGCCACCAGCAGCUGAGAUUUUUAGCGGUCACAUGGUGGAGUAUGAGUCGAAACUAAGGGGAUCCAAGUCUUGGACAGAGCCCAACGGUGAUCGGGUUGGGCGCAACGGUGGGUACAUGGGCGCGCAGAGGAACCUGACGCUGGGCAACAGGAGGGAGUUGGUCAUUUACCCAAAACUGAAGCUGAAGAUUAUGAUCAGGGAUAAACUAAUCAGAGAUGGCAUCAACCUCGCCAAACCUCCGUACUCGAAUAAGGAUGGUUCUCUAGGCAACAUAGAUGACCUUGCCCAGGAGUACUCUGAGUACUACAACACCUGCUUUAGCGACGUCAGCGACCGCAUGGAGGAACUACGAAAACGCAGAGUCUCUCAGGAGCUUGACAUGGAGAAACAGGACCCGAGCAGUACCUCUCUGCAGCUUCGUAAUGAGAUCCAGGAAUCUUUAGGCUUCAGCAGCGAGGUUUCCACCCCUGAAACAGAUAGAAAAAUCCCCCUGCACAAGUCCAGCUCUGAAGAUGGAUCUGGAGGAAAGUGGGACAAUAAGAAGAAAAACAAAUCUUUUUGGCAGAACUUUCGAAAAUCCCAACACAAACCCGUGGCUCGACAGUCAUCCAAAGGUGAAGAUAUUGGCUACGUGGCCAGUGAGAUCACCAUGAGCGACGAAGAAAGGAUACAGCUGAUGAUGAUGGUGAAAGAGAAGAUGAUCACUGUAGAGGAAGCUCUGGCUCGGCUGAAGGAGUAUGAGCGCAGCAGACAGUCCAGCAGUACUGAAACUGCAGAGUGGGCUGACGGAUCUGCCCCCACUCUAAACCAGUCCUCAAACUGCAAUUCUCGUGAGCAGUCAGAUGAUGAGCAAUCCGAGGACUCUGUGAAGUUCAAACGGCUUCACAAAUUGGUCAAUUCAACACGCCGAGUCAGGAAAAAACUCAUCAAAGUGGAGGAGGGCAAGAAACAUGCCCCUGAAGAUUUUCUGAAUCUGGAGACACCACCCUGCUGUGAGGACAACAAAGCUCUCUAUACAGGGGUCCUAAAGAAGCCCCUUUUGCCCCAGGAGGCUUCUCUGCCUUCUCUCACCCAUGAUCAGCUCUCUUUGGAUGGAGACACAGACAGCCUGACAACCUCCCCUUCCUCCAGCAGCCUGGAUACCUGGUCUGGACACAAGCUGGUGAAAACCUUCAGUAAAUCUUCCAGUACCCACGGUCUGAUCCGCCCCCCCAGGAGAACCCCGGCUGGCUCCAGUGCCCUGGGAGGCUCCAUCUCUGGCGUGGCUGGCAGUGGCUCCUCCUUCUCAGAGCUAGAUGGCUGUGGAUUGGACGAUGAGGGAAAGCUGUCACGCUCCACAACAGAUGGCGAGAUGAGGAAGGCCCUGAGCUCCAUCUCCCACGGGGUAAGUAACAACGAGGCCCUCUACGCCUUCUAUGGCCUCACCAAACCUCGCCCCAAACCCCAUUCCCAGUCCCGCCUUCUCAUAUCCCUGGAUGAUGGUCCGCAAGGCAGCCCCAAACAUCAACCUGCCAACCGGCACCAUGGCAGCUGGACACACCGGAAACCUGACCCCAACUACGCAUACUCCACCAAGCACCUGCUCUACCAGCGCUCGCGCAAUGCCAAGUCCCCCAUCUCCCCCCUGUCUGUCACCCCCUCUUCACCUAUCCGCUGUGACGUAGCCAAAUCAAAAGGGUUUGGAAGUGGGGGAGGGGGGUGGGUGUUCCCCCCUCGCAGGCUGCGAGGUCGAACGGCAGUCAGUGAGCUGAACAUCACCUAUGUGGUAGAACGGAGCCUGUACGGUCACCUCAACUGGGCCCAGCUGGUCCGCCCAGUCACCCUCAGCCGCACUGAGCGGCGCUGUCUGUUGGAGGAGGACCGCGAGGUGGACAGGAAGUGGGCGGCCAGCGUGGACCGCUGCACCAAGCGUGUGCUCUUGCGCAUCCAGCAGAAGUCUAGAACAUGCAGCUUUGGUGGCUUUGACCUGUCCAACCGUUCUCUCCAUGUGGUCAACACAGGCUCAGAGGCAAAUAAUAAAGAACAGGAGGCGAUAUACAGAGAAGUGGUGAAAUCCCCCACCACGUCUCGGAUCUCACUAGGCAAGAAAGUCAAAUCGGUGAAGGAGACUAUGAGGAAACGCAUGUCCAAGAAAUACAGCAGCUCCCUGUCUGAGCAGUCUAGUCCGGAUGGAGCCCCUGGUUCCCCACAGUCCCCUCUGCCAGACACCGACUCUCUGGAGAAACCCAAGCUGAAGGCCGGGGGCUCAGUGGAAAGUCUGCGCAGUUCACUCAGCGGACAGAGUUCAAUGAGCGGUCAGACAGUGAGCACCACUGACUCAUCGGCCAGCAACAGAGAGAGCGUUAAGUCAGAAGACGGAGACGACGAAGAGCCACCGUAUAGGGGGCCAUUCUGCGGCCGUGCUCGAGUCCAUACAGACUUCACUCCCAGCCCCUAUGACACUGACUCGCUCAAACUGAAGCGAGGGGAUGUGAUUGACAUCAUCAGUAAGCCACCCAUGGGAACGUGGAUGGGGCUGCUCAACAACAAAGUCGGCACCUUUAAGUUUAUUUACGUGGAUGUGCUGAAUGAAGAAGAAGAGAAGCCCAAAAGACCCGUGAGGAGGAGGAGGAAGGGCCGACCCCCCAAACCCACGUCAGUGGAGGAGCUGCUGGAGCGCAUCAACCUUAAGGAGCACAUGCCCACUUUCUUGUUCAACGGCUAUGAGGACCUGGACACGUUCAAGCUGUUGGAAGAGGAGGACUUGGAUGAGCUGAACAUCAGAGAUCCUCAGCACAGAGCUGUUCUGCUGACUGCUGUGGAGCUGCUGCAGGAGUAUGACAGCAGCAGUGAUCCAGAGCGUGGCGGAUUGUCAGGCUCCCAGGAGAAGCUGCUGUCUGAGGGUCGGGGUCUGGUAGGAGACUCCCCACGGGACUCCGGCUGCUACGAGAGCAAUGAAAACUUGGAGAAUGGUAAGAGCAGGAAAGCUUCCCGUUCCAGUCGUUCUUCAGCGGGCCUGCAGUCUCCAGACUACCCGACUCUGCCCAUGACCUUUUCUACAGAGGCUCUGCAACAGAAUGGCAAAAACCAGCGCACAAAGUUCCCUAAAAACUUUUUUAUUAAGCCCUCCCUGAAGGGCUUCAACUUGUUGGGGCUGCGCAAAGCCCAAAGAAAAUCUCCCAUCCAAGCCAGCCGCAGCUGUGAGGACCUCGAUGGUCCCCCACAGCCCUCUGGGCCCUGGAAACGUUCCCACUCUCUGGGAGAUCUGCACUGGGAGGAACACUUUAAGCAGAAAGAUGAUUUACGUGUGGUGUUUAAACCUACCAAGGAGGUACCCAAGUCUGGCAGCAGUAGCCCUAUCAAAGUCUGUAGGGAGGACAGUUCUCCAGCUCAAAAUGGGAGUCCGACAGUGAGUCCUAAGGGAAAGGCUGAUAAACCCCCCAUACCUUCCCAGCUGCCUCUGCGCUGUUCAUCAGCCCAAUCCUCCAACCAUCCAGCAGCUCUCUCAAGUUCCACUCCAAGUCCUCCUGAUUCUAGUGCAAGCAAGGAGAGGGUCAUCCGGACUCAUCCCAAAAAGCCUCCUAUCCCUCCUCCAGUUCCUGCCAAGAAAUCUAAGGAAAGACUAGCCAACGGCCUACGCCACCCACCUCUUUCCCUGCCUUCCACGCCAUCCCCCACUGCCUCGCCUUCUCACUCCUUCAACCGUUCUCAACCCAGCAGCCCCAUAAUCCGUAGCAGCAGCCCCAGUCCCAGCCCCAUCCUCAAUGCCCCUGCUCUUCCUGCCAAGACCGGGAGUACGCCAGCUAGCCCGUGUGCCACCUCAUCAGCGUCAUGGAUGGGCGAAGAGUCAGGCUCUCCACCAGCAGUGCAGCCUCCCUGGCUCUCAGAUCUUGGGUGUAAAAUGGCUGUUACGAGGAAGAUUUCCCAUGCCAAGAUGAGUCCUAACCUGCUCACCCUCCUGGAACAGCGGCUGCAAGCUGAGGACAUUGAUCUUACAGAGGAACCAUACUCUGACAAGCACGGCCGAUGUGGCAUCCCCCAGCCUCUGGUACAGCGUUACUCCGAGGACUUAGAGCAGCUUGUCAAAGACGUGGCCUCCACCAUGGACCAGCUCAGAGUCAAAGAACUUCGGAAACAACACCGCAUGGCUAUCCCCUCUGGAGGUUUAACAGAGAUGUGCCGGAAGCCCUCAUCUUUGGGUAACAUCAGCACGGUCUCUGAUUGGCUCAUCUCCAUCGGCUUGCCAAUGUACACCCCAUCUCUGGCAGCAGCAGGCAUCGACACACUGAGCCGCGUCGCCUUGUUAACAGAGAGCAACGUGUGGGAAGCUGGGGUGCGUGACGAAAGACAUGCCCGUCGCCUGCUCAGUGAGGCCCGACUGAUCAAUCUUCAGAAAGAGGUGCAGUCAUAAUCAUGUCGGUGGAAUCGACUGGCUGGUCAGUAUCAUCUCAUUUAAAAAUGACCAGGUGGCCACAGGAAUCGGGUGGGAGUGCACAUGUGUGACCACAGCAGUAUAGUACUUCCUGUCCUUCACAUGUUUGGACCACACGUGAGCUUUCCUGCUCUAUUUUUCUCUCUUUAUCACUUUUUUUCCAUAUCUUAAAUGUUUACGGCAUUAAGGAGUUUCUCCCAACAGCCAAGAUAAAGAUAUCAGAUGCCUUUAAAAUAAAGAAAAAAAGACUGACUCACUCUGUGGGAUGGCCUCCGUUCAGAAGUCUUAAAAUAAAGACUUGGAUCUGCCUUUACGGAAGAUAGCACACUUUUUUGUAGGAUGGAUGUGUGUGGUUUUUUUUUUUUUUGUGUGUGUUUGUUUGUUUUUGUACCCAAAAAGAUGGUUUAUUUCCUGCAUAUUUCAUGAGUGCAUUAUUUCCAUUUCUUAUGUCAAGCCAGAGAAACUUGAGGAUAACAUCUGGACUUUUAAUCAACUAAAUAAAGACACCAAACAGUGGAUAACAGGUGGCUCAUUUUUGUAUCAUGUUUCUGUAUAAUAGCACAUCUUAAUUUUAAAAUGAUCUAUAUGUUGGAAUUUGUGUUUGCCUCUUGAAUGUUACAGCCUUUUUUGAGGCCAACUCUCAGUCAUGUCUAAGUUUAAACAGCUGAUAUCACACCUUUGUAUUUUACUGUAUGACUGACUUCUUUCACAACAUAUCUUGGAUGGACAACUUGCUCUAUUAUUAAGAGUCUUAAAGGAAGCUUUGUUUUGCUGUACUAAUUUCAACCAGCUUUCUCUAAAACAAUACACAUUCCCUAAUGCAUAAAAAGACAUUUUUAGUUGCCUUACCAUUAUCAACGAAUAGCUGCAAGAAAUAGACCAAGCUGUAGUUUUUGACUACACCACGACUGAGAUCAAACUGUGCCAAAGGUGCAAGCCCUUUCUGUCCUGAAUGUGUCUGAGGAAUAACGAGACUAAGAUUGUUUUUCUUUAUGAGCACACGCGGCAGGAUCAUUUUGGUGACAUAUGGGUAUGAGGACCACAGAACAUGCUUCGGAGUGAUUGCAUUUUCUUUUUUUAUUCUAGUGAAGCCCACAGACUUUGUCCCAUGUUGAACGUCUCUGAAUCAUGUUAAAACAAAUCCACUUUCCUUGUUACAGAGGGAAGUUAUGGGAUAGGGAAGGAGGAGAAAAUGAAAAUGCUCACCAAGACAUCGCUGACAUCUGAGCUGUCUUAUCUGGAAUUUAUUGAACCGUCUACAUUUUGGUUAGCACCUUGAGGAAUUUGAAUUUUAGCUGUAUAAUAAGCUCUUUAUGAGCAUGUUUAAAGUCAAGAAAUUGUAAAAACAAGCUGACUCAUCACAUGUGAAGCUGAGCUCCACAUUCAGCAAACAAGUUGAUAUUCAGGGAAACUCUGGAUGGGGUCAGAGGGUUAGCCAGAAGCUUGUUACUCUUUCAAUUGUGGAUUCUGCAUGAAAAAGAACAGAAUAUUCCUUGUGUGAGUGGAGUUGGUUUUUUUUUUCUUUCAUCUUAUGACAGUUAUAUCUUUCAUAGCCAGAGCUGAGCAGAAGAAUUAUUCCUUAUAUUUCAUGUUUGAACAUUUGACCGACUGUUGUUUCUAAAUUUUGAAGCUGUAUUUUGCAGUGGGCACUUGAUAAGAUAUUUGAUGCCUUUUCUCUUUCUUCAAUUAAAGUGGUCCUCUGGGAAAGUGACACAAUAUAACUGGUUAAAAAAAAAUAGUGUUCUGUAAAGAAUGAAAAUACUGACACUGUACAUGCACUUUAGAUGGUAAAUCUUGCAGUUUUCUAGGCAGAAUUGGCUUCAUUUGUUGACAAGUCCUCAAAUGGACAUUUGUCAGGUAUUCUAAAAGGGUUUCAAUGGGUUAUGCUGGUAUUUCUUUUUAGUAUUGAGUUCCCAAUGCCAAGUUUAAUAACCGGUCAUGAGUUACCCUCUAGUUACUCACUUCCAGUUUGUUUUUGCAGUCUUACUAAACUAAAUUCUUAAUUACAUAUAUGAAAUGCUUAGCAGAAGUUGCACAUUCUGUAUAUGUAAUUGAUAUUUAAAUAACUUAUUUUGUCUUUUUUUUUUCAUAUCAACUGUAAUUAGCUGUACUAUAUGAAUAGCAAUACCUUCCUGCAUAAUGCAUUUUGCUCUAGCCAGUAAGGAUUUACAGUAUGUAUUGUAAAAUAUCUGUACAAAUUAUUUUAUUUGGUUUUCAUCUACCUAAUGAUUGUCCAUACAGAUUUGCUUGUGUAUUGAAACAACAAAAGUAAUGUUCAUAACUAUUUGUCAUUCUGAAAUAUAAUAAAACAGUUUCUUGCCAUA